GUCGGGCUUAUUCUCGCACGAGAGUGUGAUCACGAGAGACAACGCAUACACGUAUAGUUUUUCUCAUACAUACGUAUACACUCGCGUUGGUUUUCUUUACUCGUUUUUGUACUUAAUAACACAAGAUAUACCAAAAAUUCUUGCCAGCCGGUGUUUUGAGCUUCUGUGAGACUAGUAUACAAUUUCAUUGGUGCAACAUAGUAUAUAUACAUAUAUAUACAUAAUAAUAAUAUAUACAGUGCGUGAAAGCGACGAAAGGUGAAAUCGAAGGGAGAGUAUCAGAAAGAAAGGGAAGGAACAGCCGAGGGUAGGAAAAAAAUGGCGAAUCGCAACAUUCCCAUCAAACUGGGCGACUUUAGCGUCAUCGACUGCGAGUUCUCGAGCAUCCGGGAGCGCUUCGACGCGGAGAUGAGGAAGAUGGAGGACGAGAUGUCGCGCUUCCGCAGCGAGCUCAUGAACCGCGAGAACAACUUCUUCAAGAGCACCACCAGUCGACACCACACGAGUACCAGCGAGCAUCGGACUUCCACGACUUCCAAGACGGAGAGCAGUGCUAGUAGUACGGGCGAGGGCUCGCCCAAUCUGAGAUCGGCCUUCGACACUUUCAAAAGCUCGACAACCCAACAGCACACAUCGCAGAACAGCUCGCUGAGCCCGCAAAAUCACGACUCGUCGACCUGGUUGGACGGCCUAAACAGCCCACUGAUCCAGGACGAGGGUGACAACAAGUGCCUCAAGCUCAGAUUCGACGUUUCCCAGUACACGCCCGAGGAGAUAGUCGUCAAGACCGUCGACAACAAGUUACUCGUACACGCCAAGCACGAGGAGAAGACAGACACAAAGUCCGUGUACAGGGAGUACAACCGUGAAUUCCAGCUGCCCAAGGGUACGAAUCCCGAGACCAUCAAGUCGUCGCUCAGCAAAGACGGUGUCCUCACCGUCGAGGCCCCACUACCCGCCCUCGGCCAAGGCGAGAAGCUCAUUCCCAUCGCGCACCACUAGACCUCAUCGACCAUCGGGAGCCAUUACACGUCUGACGCUUCAAAACAUUAUAAUUUCGAUCGGGACGCUUGAUGCGUGACGCACAACAGAUAUAAAUAUAUAUAUAUAUAUAUAAAUAUUAUUGCGACAUUCAUUAAUAGGUACAAAAGAAAAAGAACAGAAAUACCAGAUCUGCAAAUCUGCAGGAGUUUUUUUUUUUUUAUAUACACACAUGCUUAUACGCAUAAUAAUGAGACGUUGUUAUCCUUACAUUUCAACCGAAUGUAAUCAAAAAGGUAUUACCUGAAUGUCUUUUUUUUUUUUUCUUCUUUCAUCGCCUUGAAAUCCAUCUGCCUCGGUGCCAAGCUUUCGCAAGAAGCAAUGUACUAUGCAAUGUACUAUCUCAUAAGUGCUCGACUUCUGAACACAAUUUGGCCUCGCCAGAAUAGCUAUGUAUAUUUUCACAAGUAAAAAUUGUAUAUUUUGCUACGAAUAAAUAAAUGAAAAAAUAAAAAUAAUAAUGAUAGUAUGAAGGAAGCGAAAAGAGCUGAUGUGUAUCUCUCGUUUUUCUUCUCUCUUACCGUGCCUUGCGAAAUUUUUCGAAUCUAGUGCCGUGCUUUUGUCAAAACGCAUGAAAAAAGCUUUGUGGCUUUAUAAAAAAAAAAAAUACCUGAUGAUUUAUCACAGUUAGUGUUUAUUUCGUGCAAUUUUACCAUGAGAAAACAAAGUAAAUUUUUGUAAGUCUAUCAUUGGUUAAUUUUUUAAGAAAUUAUCACGUCAAAAAGUGUGAGGGUGACCGGGGGCGAUAUUGUGUCUUCAAGUAACAACAAUCAGAUGAAAA